AUGCGAGAGUAUAUCAAGCUGGGUCACAUGAAGGAAGUUAAUGAGAAACCAAAGACAAAGGUAUAUUAUUUGCCGCAUCAUGCAGUUAUUAAAGAAGACAGCACGACAACAAAACUUCGAGUGGUGUUUGAUGCGUCCGCAAAAACGACAUCAGGACAAUCACUGAACAGUAUUAUGAUGACAGGUCCUACAUUACAAAAGGAUUUAUUCAUUCUAUUAUUGCAGUUGAGAAUGUUUAAAAUAGUUUUUACGGCUGACAUUGAAAAAAUGUAUCGGCAAAUACUGAUUCAUCAUGAUGAUAGAGAUCUUCAACGAAUUUUAUGGAGAAACGAUCAGAAAAAACCAAUAAAAGAAUACAAAUUGAACACGAUUACAUAUGGUACUGCAUCAGCACCAUAUCUUGCCAUCAAGACGUUGUUUAAGCUAGCAGAAGACGAGAGAAUUAAUUAUCCUUUGGCAAGUGAAACCUUAAAUGAAAAAUUUUAUGUAGACGAUUGUUUGGGAGGCGCUAAUACGAUUAAAGAGUGUAAACAAGUACAAGAAGAAUUAAUCCAAUUAUUGCGGAAGGGAGGUUUUAAUUUAAGAAAAUGGGCAUCAAACGAACCGGAAAUGUUGACGAAUAUCCAGAUAAAAGACAUUGAACCAGGGUUAGAGAUGCAAUUUAACAACGACCAAGCGAUUAAAAUUUUAGGAAUAAAAUGGUGUCCUAAAUUGGAUCAAUUUGAAUUUAAAAUAAAUACCACGUCAUUCAGCUCAAAAUACACAAAAAGAGCAAUUCUAAGUGAUGCUGGAAAACUAUUCGAUCCAUUUGGUUGGUUGUCACCUGUAACCAUUAAAGCAAAAAUUAUGAUACAAAAAUUGUGGAUGCUAGGAAUUAGUUGGGAUACAGAGAUCCCACCCAAUCUACAGGCACAAUGGGAAGAAUUUAAAUUGAGAUUACCUGCAGUUCAGAAGAUAACCAUGAAAAGAUGGACACAACAUUCAGAGAAUAGUUUAAUCGAGUUACAUGGAUUUGCAGAUGCAUCAGAAGCAGGAUAG